CAUUUUUUUAAUGCAAUCCAUCAAUUCAACCUCAUGAAGAACAAGUUUUAUUUAGCUGGUGUAAUCAUUCAAUGUUGUGGGGUUUUUCUUCUUUUCCUUUGUACAAACAGAAACCAUGCCUUUAUCAAACAAGCAUCAAAGAAAGAAUCAAGAAAAAGUUUGCACAGUGAAUUAGACAGUGUUUGGCUGUUCCGUAUAUCAAGGAAACAUUCUCUCCCAAACAGAGUCACAAUUAUUAGUUCACCCAGAAUCUUCCCAACUCGUUGGAGAAUAACACUCUGGACAUCGUUCAGUUACUUUCAGCGAGAGAGAAGGAGAAAAUUAUUAUCAUCAAAUACAAAAAAGCAAAGGGGAAAAAGUGGAAAGCAAGAAAAUUCUUCAACAACAAACAAUGCCACUGUGCAGCUUUCAUCGAAUUCCUGGAAAGGUACUUCUGGAGUUAAGAAGCUUGACGACAGCUUGGAACAUGAACUAAGUAAUGGGUUUUCAGAUCUAAUGGUUCAGGAUCCUCCAUGUGGUGCUAGGGCAUCUGAACCGUCCCCUGCUCCCAUGAUCACCUCACAGGUUUCUAGAAUGGCAAUUCAAAGAUCUCCUGGACAGCCAGCAAGAACCGGGUUGCUGCAAAAUGGGUAUUUAGAGUCAAUGGUUCAUGAACAGUUGAGAAGAGUGAAGUUCUCAUGGAAUUAUCCUGGGAAUAAUGUAGCUAUUGCAGGAUCAUGGGACAACUGGGAAACCACGAAGGCUUUGCAGAGAGUGGGGCAGAUUUUUGUUGCUGUAAAAACUCUCCCAGUAGGUAAUUCCAUUGAUGAUAAACCCCAUCUUCACAAUUGUUAUAUCUGCUUCAGGAAAACACUGUUUUGAUCCAUGACAUAUAUACACUCCAAAGUCGUAGAUUUUUUCUGAUACAUGCUUCAGGAAAACACCUUUAGGAGCAUGUGUGUGUGUAUAGUUAGAUCGCAAUCUUACUGCAAUCAAAGUAAAAGCAACAUUCUUUUCUUGUUCUUGAUACAAAACAUGAUCAUCAUUCUUUAAUCUAAACUCACUGGACAUAGACAGAAUUUCUUCACCUGCAUUGUUUCCUUUCAUACAGAAUGUAUCAGAGUCCUUUGGACAGAUAUUAAAUUAUAUUAAAUGUAUAAUCUUGAUUGUGGAAUUUUAUGGCAUCACAUCUUGAUGCUGCAUCUCUUGCUUUUGUUUACUUGAUUAGUAGAUCAUCCUACUUGUUAAAUGACGAUGCCAAAUCAGUUAUCUUGAUUGCAUGUGGAUUCCAUAUCAGUUAUUUUUCUCUCUACACGGCGCAAGUUUUCACAGAAUUCAGAAUCUCAAUUACCAGAAAUAUUCAGUUCAAAGGAAGAGAGAGAGAGAGAAAUAAAGAAAAUCCCCAAAAAGAUAUUUUGGAAAAAUUAAUCAUUUGGUUCUCAUAAUUUUGAUCCAAUUGUCACUCAGUCUCUAAAUUUUAAGUUAAUACAACUCGUUUCCUAUAGUUUGACUUUGUUAUAAAUCAGCCUUUAAACAUUGAUUUGGUACAACUCAAUUCCUAAGUUUUCAAAAAAUAACUUUAAUUCUCAUAAUUUUAUUUUUGAAAAUAUAGAUAUCAACAUUUUAAAUGAUUAAAACUAUAGGAAUGAAAUUGCACUAAGAUAGAGUUUAGAGAUUGAGUUGCAAUUAAGUCAAAAUUAUAAAAAUUAAGUUGUAUCAAGUCAAAAUUUAGGGACUGAUUUACAAUCGAGUUAAAAUUAUAAUGAUCAAAUAAUUAAUUUUCCUUUUUUGUUUUAUCAAUGCCCUUUCUAAAAUCUGAAUAGACUCAUGCAGCAAUGACCAUUUGAACAUCCUCUUCUUUUGUUUCUGCAGAAUACUCUAACUUAGCUCAUGAUAAACCAUAUUUUACAGGAUUAUAUUCCAGAAAAUCUGGCAAAAUUAUCAGGUUUUGAAUCUCCUCCAUCACCACCAUGGAGCUAUGACAACAUAUUCUUAAAUGAAGAAGAAUUUGAUAAGCCUCCACCAGAAUUACCACCACAAAUGCCAGUGACUGUA